GGCCUUUGUGACGUCACUGUUGAUUGACAGGGAUCCAGAGCGGAGCUCGCCAGAACAAACCUACAGGCAAAGAGAAGGAGAGUUGGGGGUCUUGAAUUGACGGCGUGCUGCAGUUAAUCCUCGGUGGCAGUGUGCCUCCUGGUCUCCUUUGCCCCCCGCUGUGGGACAGAAAGCCGGCCGGGGGUAUUGUGACGUCCGGGGUUUGACGUCCUCGGACAGACGGCGCGGAGGAAGAAAUCGGCGACGCGCCCCGCGUCCCCGCCCCGCCCUGACUGCUGCAGACGUUCUCAGUCGCAGUGUUUGAGAUCAGUGUUGCAACCUGCGAACACUGAGUGAGCCAGUGAAAGUCAUGGCCGCUUCCAUUAUGCAGCGCCUGGAUAACUUCCUGAAGGAGAAAAAUCUGUUGUCGGAUGUUUUGGGGACAAUCGAAAGCAAGACGGGAAUUAAAAGAACUUACAUCGCUUUGGCCUGCAUUGGAUUGAUUUCCAUUUACCUUGUAGUCGGCUAUGCAGCAUCUUUACUUUGCAACUUGAUCGGAUUCGUUUACCCCGCUUAUGUAUCAAUCAAGGCCAUUGAAAGCCCUGAUAAAGAUGAUGACACGAUAUGGCUGAUGUACUGGGUAGUUUACGGUCUCUUCAGUGUCGCUGAAUUCUUUUCGGACAUACUUUUUUCCUGGUUUCCCUUCUAUUAUAUAUUGAAGUGCGCAUUCCUGGUUUGGUGUAUGGCCCCCAUCUCAAACAACGGUUCUCAGUUAAUCUACAAGCGCUUUAUCCGUACUUUCUUUCUGAAGCACGAGGCUCGACUGGAUAAGGUCGUGAAGGAUCUAGGUGACAGGGCUUCGGAAGCUUCAGAUAGCAUUAGAGAAAAUGCCAAGAAAGCGACAGCAAACCUAAUCUUUGAAGAGAAGAAGAGCACUUAAGCAAUACCUUUAAAAAGCUUGCCUUUAUUCUUUGCUCCCUGGCAUCCAGAGUAUUAAGAUAUUGCCUUUGGAAAGUUGUUUUAAAAAUGCACACUUUAAAUGUGUUUCUUAUCUAUGUACUCAAUUUUACCAAAAGCAAGUGGAAAAUGUAAUACUUAAAUUUAAUGUAAUACUACAUUCAAUAUUUAAUUGCUUGCAAGAAGUUCUUGAACUGUGUCAAUGAUAGAGGUUUAAUUCUGAGUGAAAUUUCCCUGGUUUGUCUUGUCCUUUCAUUGUAUGGUGAAUGUACAAUAAACUUAUCAAGUGAUUGUUUUUUCCUUCGAACAAUCUAUUUAAAUUGCCAAAUAUGCUAAAAUUGCAAGUACAGUUUCUGUAGCAUUUUGCCAUGUUAUCAGUAGCUAGUACUGUGAAUUAAACUAGAAUAUCACAUGAUAGAGGCAAGACAUAGAAGGUAUUUUUCACGCAUCAGGAUACUAUAAAUUUCUAAUGAAAUUUUCAUAUUCUAUAUACUUACAAUCUGUCACCCUUAUUAAAAACAUUUCAUAAUGAGACUCUUGACUAUGUGACCCAGCUGUGUUUUAAACUGUUUAUUUAGCAAUAUAGGUAUUGAUUUAGCAGUAUAAGAGCAAAGAGGUCCUUCUGCAGCUGUACAGGGCCCUGGUGAGACCACACCUGGAGUACUGUGUGCAAUUUUGGUCUCCAAAUUUGAGGAAGGACAUUCUUGCUAUUGAGGGAGUGCAGCGUAGGUUCACAAGGUUAAUUCCCGGGAUGGCGGGACUGUCAUAUGUCGAAAGAUUGGAGCGACUGGGCUUGUAUACUCUGGAAUUUAGAAGGCUGAGAGGGGAUCUUAUUGAAACAUAUAAGAUUAUUAAGGGAUUGGACAUGCUGCAGGCAGGAAGCAUGAGUGAGUCCAGAACCAGAGGCCACAGUUAAGAAUUAGGAGUAGGCCAUUUAGAAUGGAGUUGAGGAAAAACUUUUUCACCCAGAGAGUGGUGGAUAUAUGGAACGCUCUGCCCAGAAGGCUGUGGAGGCCAAGUCUCUGGUUGCUUUCAAAAAAGAGAUGGAUAGAGCUCUGAAAGAUAGUGGAAUCAAAGGUUAUGGGGAUAAGGCAGGAACUGGAUACUGAUAGUGGAUGAUCAGCCAUGAUCACAGUGAAUGGUGGUGCUGGCUCAAAGGGCCGAAUGGCCUACUCCUGCACUUAUUGUCUAUUGGUAUUUAAGUCCAUAUUAGGGUACAUGUCACAAUUUCUUGGGAAAAGCUACAAGGUCCAGAGGUCUUCACAGCAGGUGACUGAAAAACAGUUCAAUCUAAUUGUGUGUCUUUAGCAAGAGAAGUAAAAUUCCUUCAAAGAUGAAUCUGGCAAGUCUCAUACAUCACAGACAUUUAUAGAUGUGAAUGGGUGCAGGUAGGAAGAAACUUCAUAACACUGCAAAUCUUAAGGUAGAGGGUUUAGGAUGCAGUCUAGAAUGAACUGAAACUUACUAACACAGCUGGCAAUGUUGGGGGAAAAGUGGCUCUGAGCUGUUCUUGGAGCAAGUCAAAUCUGUGCUUACUGAUAAGAAAAAAGCCUCAGGUCAUGAGGAGUGUAAAUACAACAUUCUCAGUGUAUGUGAAUGGUUUGGAUACAGAGCCAAAUAAAGACAAUUUG